AUGAGAAUAUUGAUGGUGGGUCUCGACGCAGCUGGUAAAACUACAAUUCUGUAUAAACUAAAAUUAGGUGAAAUCGUUACAACGAUUCCAACUAUUGGAUUCAAUGUUGAAACUGUAGAGUACAAAAACAUCAGUUUCACUGUAUGGGAUGUUGGUGGCCAGGACAAAAUCAGGCCGUUGUGGAGGCACUACUUCCAGAACACACAGGGUCUCAUCUUUGUAGUAGACAGUAAUGACCGUGAGCGUAUUGGAGAGGCUCGGGAAGAACUCAUGAGGAUGUUAAGUGAAGAUGAGUUAAGAGAUGCUGUACUCCUGAUUUUCGCAAACAAACAGGACCUGCCGAACGCGAUGAACGCGGCCGAGAUCACGGACAAGCUGGGCCUGCACUCACUGCGCAACCGCAACUGGUACAUCCAGGCGACGUGCGCCACCUCUGGCGACGGGCUAUACGAGGGGCUCGAUUGGCUCUCCAACCAGUUGAAGAACGCCAACCGC